UCUUUGGGGACGUUCGUCGAGCACGUUCAAUGCACCCAAGAGGUCAACAAGCUACUGGCCAAGGGGUCUGCAAUUGCUCGCCUGAGACCUCCACAGCCAAACGCCGGCAUCCCAGGCUUCUGGAGAAAUGAGGAAACAAGUAUAGAGUCCGUGAAGAAGUUCUUGGAGAAAGAAGGUGAAAUGGCAAUGACAAUGGAUGGGCUGCCAGACAAGUUCUUUGAGUCCUUUAUCAUGAAAGGCAUUAAAGUUGAUCUCCUUGAACCCGGUCGUAUUGUUUACUCCUUCAAAGUAACCCCUCGUUUGCUGAAAGGAGGCAAUUUCAUGCAUGGUGCAGCCUAUGCUUACCCUGGUGAGGAAGUUGAGAUUGAGGCCAAAGCUUUACGAGUUUGGAAGGCAGUUGGUGUUGCCAGUGUUGAGUUAAGGAAGAAGAAGACAUGUAAAAUUAUAGCUCAAGGCCGUCAUACCAAGUACCUUGCUUUCGCUAACAAAAUAUGAACAGC